ACAGUCCUGAAAGGGGCGGGGCAGCCUGAUUCUCAGCCGGACUGGGAGCAUCGAUAAAGACCUCCGGCUUCCUAGAAGCGACUUCCGGGGGGGGGUGGAGACUGACAUAAAACCCUCCCUCACCGGCUCUAUGGUUGCGGUUAGAGUCGGUGUCUCUGCUCUUCUCUUCCCCCGCCCACCCCGGUCUUUUCACCACGUGCUAGAGGGGCUUGGCGCUUCUCUUGUGAGCAGCCUGCUGAUCGUGGCCUUCUGAUUGGUGGGUGCCGUGGGAGGCUGACGGGAACUCGAGGCUUCCCGCUUCGGUAGGCCCCGCCUCCCAAGCCCCACGCUUGCGUCCUUCGUUUGGUACGUCUGGUCCUGCGGCAAUUCGCCACCUGAUGCAGAUGAUCUAACGCUAUGGAACGAAUGCUUCAUGGCACAUAACUCAUUUCCCCACAGAUCUGAGUGGUUCCUGCCCUGGGGUGGCAUGGAAGGGCUUCUGAGAAGAUGGAGGGCCUUUCCCCGUGUACUGUGGGCCAUUUGCCAGCGGUCACAACAUACUCCUUGCAGGCUUUACCAUCACCCUCCAGGCAGAGCAAAACGCCUGGUGCUGUCUCAUUUCUUCCAGCCUCAGAACCUCCGGGAAGAUCAAGUGGUUGGACUAGAGAGCAAGUCUGCCGAAGUGACCUGUAAGAGCCAGAGGCUGAUGCUUCAGACGGGGCUGAUUCACCCUGCUGGCCCUGGCUGUUACCACUACCUGCCCUAUACUGUUCGAGCCAUGGAGAAGCUGGUCAAGGUGAUAGACCAGGAGAUGCAGGCCAUCGGUGGGCAGAAGCUUGACAUGCCCACCCUGAGCUCAGCUGAGCUCUGGAGAGUCACCGACCGGUGGAACCUGAUGGGCAAAGAGCUUUUUCGGCUGCAGGAUCGUCAUAACAAAGACUAUUGUUUGGGACCGACCCAUGAGGAAGUCAUCACCAGCCUGAUGGCCUCUCAGAAGACUCUGUCCUACAAGCAGCUUCCCUACCUUCUCUAUCAGAUCACACGCAAGUUCCGGGAUGAGCCCAGGCCCCGCUUUGGCCUGCUGCGGGGCCGGGAGUUUUACAUGAAGGACAUGUACACCUUUGACUGCUCUUCUGAGGCCGCUCACCAGACGUAUGACCUGGUAUGCGAAGCUUACGGCAGGGUGUUUAACCGACUUGGGCUUCAGUUUGUGAGGGUCCAGGCAGCUGUGGGGAGCAUCGGUGGAACAAUGUCUCACGAGUUUCAGCUCCCCUUGAACAUUGGGGAAGACGUGCUUGCAGUCUGCUCCAAUUGCAACUUCGCGGCCAAUGUUGAGACGCUGGAUCCCAGAGAUCCAACUUGCCCAGUGUGCCAAGGGAAACUGACAGAAACCAAAGGCGUUGAAGUGGGGCACACCUUUUAUCUGGGCACCAAGUACUCAUCUGUAUUCAAUGCUGAGUUCAUCAAUGCUCAGGGCAAGCCUUCGCUAUUAGAAAUGGGGUGCUAUGGGUUAGGUGUGACCCGCAUUUUAGCUGCAGCCAUCGAAAUGCUUUCCAUGGAAGAAUGUAUCCGCUGGCCUAGUCUGCUUGCCCCUUACCAAGUAUGCCUUAUUCCUCCCAAAAAGGGCAGCAAGGAAGAAAUGGGAAUAGAGUUGAUGGGGACUUUAUAUGACGAUAUCACAGAAGCCUUGCCCCAGCUGAAGGGGGAGGUUUUGCUUGACGACAGGAUACAUUUGACAAUUGGAAACAGAUUGAAAGAUGCUAACAAACUUGGUUACCCCUUUGUUGUGAUAGCUGGCAAGAGAGCCUCGGAACAGCCUUGCCAUUUUGAGGUUUGGUGUCAGAACAACAAUGAGGUGGUGUUCCUCACCAAACAAGCAGUGAUUGAUUUGCUACGUAAAGUACAAAUUGUCUAAAUGCAGAGUCUCUGAUCCUUGCUAGGUCCUAAGUUAUGUCCUUUCACAAUCAUGUUAUACUGUACUGUUCUCUCUGGAAGCCAUGCAGCUGGUGGAAGUGGGGUGCUAAUUAGGAGAGCAAGUUUUCAUCAUUCAGUGAACAUCCCUCAUUCAAUAAAUAUCACACGUUCUUCUUAUAAAGAGAAAGAAAUUUCUUUCUCCACUAACUGUUUGCCUGUUAUUCUUUAAAUCAACAGAACUUCUGUGAUGUGAGGAAUACAUUCAUGGCAGGCAAUUCUUGGUCUUCACCUUGUAGGCCAAGUCUUCGUACUCAAAGCUAACUGGAAGCUUGAGACAAUUAGAUGGGAAACCAAAAAGAAGCUUCCGCUAGAGCUCGUAGCCCUAAAUUGGACACCUAAGAUCCUGAGUUCAUUUUCUCUUGAUCCAUGAGGCCAACCUAUUGGAUGAUGAGUCUCCAAUAUGAAAAUAUUAAUUUUUAGCCUCUAUAAUGCUUAGCCAUGUUAACAGGUUAACUACAUGGAAGUUACGGACCCAGGAUUAGAGAGCCAGUCUUCUAACUUUCUUCUCAAUGUUUCUGCCCUCAGCUCUCACUGCUACUGUGAAAUCUCAAAUCUUGUUUUCUUGAUAAUAGUGACUUGCUGCCUACCUCAAGAGAAUGCAGUGACCACAAAUGAGAUCCUGUCUGUAAGAUGAUUCCAUCCCCUUGGAGGAAAGUCAGGAGGGAUAUAUGCUCUGUGUUCUCAAACGGUUGUUGUUCUGGACUUGCUUUGUUUCUUGCCAUCCAUAGAUGGCAUGGCGAUGUUGGCAGAAUAUCAGGUACAAGCUGUAUUCUCCCUGCCUGUUCCUGAGGGAGCUCUGAAAGGAGAAGCUGAAAGAAUGUUAAGCAGAAUUAACAAAGAGACAAGAAUUAGCCAGCUUUAUAACACCAGUCAUGGACUCCCUUCACAUUUUAGUGAGCAUGAAGCUCCUAUUGCCAUGCCACUUUCAAGUUUACAAAGGACUUUUCUCACAACAACCCUGUGAGGUGCUGGUUGUGUGAAAAUUGGUGUUUUUAUUUACCAAUGACGAAACUGAGGCUCACAGAGAAUAGUGAAUUGCCCCAGAGUUCCCUAAUGAGUAUGUAUCAGUGGUGGGCCCUGAACCCAAGCCUCCUGGCACUAACCAGCACUUUUUUUGACUCCACGAUAAAGGACAUUUGCAGAAAUUGGUAAACUUUUGUGAUUUUUAAAACUAUUUAUUUAAGCCUUGCCCCGUCUGCAUCCCUUCUCCCAUCCUUCAUUUGCAUGCUGGAUACUUGGAAUGAUCAAUGAGGGACACUUAAGGGUUUAUUAUCUCUGAGGUGGGUAGAGGUUUUUUGAAAGAAAAUGAGGCAAUUUCCUGUUCUCUUAGAAAGGGCCAUUGACCUUUAUGGUUUACAGCACAAACUGAUAACUAGGAGAAGCUCCAAGGUGUAUCAUCACAAAAUGAGGGGGUCUACCAGAACAUCCAUGAAGGGCACUCAGAUAAAGGACAGCGUUUUUUAUGGCUUAACCAUCGAGCACCCAGAGUCCCAGACAACUCCGGACUGGCAGACAUGGGAGCUCAGCACCAGGGAAACCCAAGCUAGAGGCAAGAAAGAAGCAAUCCUGUCUCUCCUUAUUCCUUUUACUUUGCUACUGUGGAGAGUGUAUGUUCAGGUAGCUGUGAGCGUCAACCUUUGAUGAUUGCAGAAGAGAAUCAUGAAUAAAACAAGUGCCCCCUGUAACCCUAAACCAUGCUCUCAACAGUUUAGUCAUGGGUGGGAGAAUGUAGGAUUAUUUCCUCUAUUGGUUUUGUUUGGUUACUCUUUUUAUUUGGAAAAAAAAAGACUUAUUUUAAUGUAAGAGACAUUGAAGUCCAAGGAUUCCACCACAGAACAGGGAUUGAAAAGUAUAAUUGUUAGAAGAGCUUCUUUGUAGGGGGCCGAUUGGGAUCAGAGGACUUAGAGGUGGAAGAGACCUUUGGAAAUUACUUAUGAUCAUAGUGCUUGGAAGGACCAAUUCAAUUCAGUAAACAUUUAGUAAGCACCUACUAUGAUCCAGGCACAAGGCUAAGCACUAAAGAUAAUCCCUGCCCUCAAGGGACUUAUACUCUAACACAAAGGAAACAAGAGGGACAACACCAGGGAGCACCUUGUUCCAUGUCGUUCAAACCAAGCAGAGCUGCAAGAUGGAGAGAGGUGAGGAAGGAGGGAAAGUGUGGAAUAUUCAAGGCUGGCUGAUUUAUAUUGUAGCAGUCCACCCCUAGCUAUGGGCAAGGGAAACAGUAUGUACAGAGUGGCUUAGAAGAGAGCAUGCUCAGUCUUGAGCAUGGCUGGGAAAGCCUCUGACCCUUGACCCCAGCUUAGGCGGGAAAACAGGUUUCUUUGUGUUCACCUGGCCAAGAGAAACCACACCUAUACUUUGUCAUUAACCAAUGAUAAUCAUCCCUAUGUAUUGUGUAUAUUUGCAUAUCAAAGAGAUUAAAUACAGGGCCACAGCAAGCUCCGCCCUCUCUUCCUCUCUUGGAUCUUAGCUCUCACUGAUGGCUGUCCUUGCUGGAGCUUGGUCUCUGGCCAAGCUCAUCUUUAAUUCCUUUCCUUAUCUACCUCUCCCACCUGGGACCUGGCUUUUUGGCCAGGCACUCUCUUUUCUCUAUCAUGUCUCCGACCUGUGUGGUAUUAAUUGUGGAUCUCAGGAUGGAUCAUGCCUCUGCGACAUCCUAAAGAUCGGGGUUAUGCUGUGGCCCCAUUAUAAUCAAUAAGGCCUGGUUUGUGACUCAUUUCUGCCACCUCCUAUCUAUAACUUGGCUCCACCACGCCCCUCGGGGUAUCCAAAACUUCUAUCCUUUUUCUAUCUUCCUACCUUGAGGCUUCUCGCAGGUUCAGGGAGCCUCAUAUAUAGUUUCAGGUAAUCUGCUUAUCCUGGGUGGGACCACUGAGGCCAUCUAGUCCAACCCUCUCAUUUAAUGGAGGAGAGAACGGAAUCGUUUUGGGCAGGGAUUUAAAGCUGUCCUCUGAGGUUGGCAGUGGCGGUUAAGUGCCUGGCUUAGAGUCACACCACUAAGUAUCUGAGGCCAGAGUUGAAGUCAGGACCUCCCAUCUCCACUGAGGCAGCUAGCUGCUCCUGAUGUGCAGUUUUCUAAGUCACUAUGCAGCCAGGAGGGAUCCCCAUGUAUGGUUUAGUGGCCCCAUUUCUAUUGGAGCUUGAUACUUCUCUAAAUCACACUAGAUGCUUCUGAUAUAGAACAGGCUCAAUAAAUGUUUCACUGAUGAAUGAUGAAUCUGUAGAGUACAUACGGGGGAAAGUGGGAUUUGGGGCCAGGGAUCUAGGUUCAAAUCCUGCCUGAUGGUUUCCUGCAUGAUCUCUCUGACCCUCUGUUUCCCCAUCUCUAAAAUGACAGGGUUAGAUGAGACGAUCUCACUCCAGAUCUGAUGAGUGGAGGGUUACCUGUGGAGACUCACUGUUCUUUGGAGUGUGAUCAGAGGAACUGCUAUCUAAGGGAUUCAUGCACAUCUCUGUCAAGCAGCAGUGUUCAUGGCUGCUAAUUAGCUCACACAGUUAAAGCUUAAUUGAGCUCAGCUAAUUAAAAUGGUGUAGAGGCCAAAAGGGUCUGUAGGAUAGCAGACUCCUAACUAAGAGGAACUGAGGCCUGUGUAUCUACAAGGUUAAACCCACCUUGUAAGGCCCAUGGCUGGCUGGCUCCAAAGGGCCGAUGAGUUAAGUCCCUGGACGCGAGCUCCAGCCUUUCCAUGGCUGGUGUGAAAAUCUUUUCUCUCCAGGCUCUGACACUUAGAUUAUGACAAUAAGCUGGUCACUUCCUCUCAGCCUCAGUUUCCUCAUCUGAUAAAUGGGAAAUGAUGUUUAUUACCUACCUUAUGGGGUGGUUGUAAAGAAAGCAUUCUGCAAACCCAGAAGUAUUAAAGAAAUGUGUAUUAUCAA